AUGCCAGAUGAUGAUAUAGCGGCUGAAGAGGAUUCGACAGUAGAAGAGGAUUCAACACCAGAUGAUGAGACAGCUACUGAAGAGGAUUCGACAGUAGAAGAGGAUUCAACACCAGAUGAUGAGAUAGCUACUGAAGAUGAUUCGACAGUAGAAGAGGAUUCAACACCAGAUGAUGAGACGGCUACUGAAGAUGAAUCGACAGCAGAAGAGGAUUCAACACCAGAUGAUGAGACGGCUACUGAAGAGGAUUCGACAGCAGAAGAGGAUUCAACACCAGAUGAUGAGACAGCUACUGAAGAAGAUUCGACAGCAGAAGAGGAUUCAACACCAGAUGAUGAGACGGCUACUGAAGAGGAUUCGACAGCAGAAGAGGAUUCAACACCAGAUGAUGAGACGGCUACUGAAGAUGAUUCGACAGCAGAAGAGGAUUCAACACCAGAUGAUGAGACAGCUACUGAAGAAGAUUCGAUAGCUGAAGAGGAUUCAACACCAGAUGAUGAGACAGCUACUGAAGAGGAUUCGAUAGCAGAAGAGGAUUCAACACCAGAUGAUGAUCUAGCGGCUGAAGAGGAUUCGACAGCAGAAGAGGAUUCAACACCAGAUGAUGAGACGGCUACUGAAGAGGAUUCGACAGUAGAAGAGGAUUCAACACUAGAUGAUGAGAUAGAUAAUGAAGAGGAUUCGACAGCAGAAGAGGAUUCAACACCAGAUGAUGAUCUAGCGGCUGAAGAGGAUUCGAAAGCAGAAGAGGAUUCAACGCCAGAUGAUGAGACACCUACUGAAGAGGAUUCGACAGCAGAAGAGGAUUCGACAGCGGAAGAAGAUUCGACAACAGAAGAAGAUUCAACAGCACUUGACGAUCUUAGACUGUAA